UUGUGUUAAUUUUGUAACUGGAUUUUAUUUUUAUUGUUAAUCGUAUUUCAAGUUGGUAGCUGCUUUAUGGUUUACAAUAUUAGUAGUUUAUGAAAAAUUAAUACAAUUUUUUUAUUGUACUGUUUUUUGAGAGAAGUUUAUCGCUGUGAUUACUAUUCAAAAUGGCGCCGAGUAAUACUAAGUUGGUGAAGUAUGUUGUUUGUUGCGUGGCUGCAGUUCUUAUGGUCGUAGCGUGUAUUAUGUGCAUGAUGGGUCAUGCACAAGGCAUUGUAUCUGUGGCCGAUGGGUCCAUAACUAUGGGCUUAUGGACAGUGGGAACGAAUGGAGGAAGUAGGACUUAUGAUUUGAACUUCGGGGUCAAAGCAGACAUGGGCCUGAUCCCCACCUCCAUCAAGACAGCCCUUCUGCUGGAUGACUCAUCGUUUCAGAGGAGGGUGAACUCGGCCAGAGUGUUCCUCCUGUUCAGCCACUUCUCCUCAGUCGUUGUCUUCUUCUUCUUCGUCAUGUUCACACUCGACAUCCUGAAGGACAAGAAGGGCGCGGCUGGACUGGUGGGCGUCAACCUCAUACACAUGUUGCUUCUGGUGAUAGCGUGUGCGUGUAUGCAGAGUGGCUUGAACAAGAUCUCCGCCGUCGACCACCUCGAGUGGAGUGGCGCUCUCAUUUGGACAGGGUUCGCCCUCUCACUUUUCUGUCUGCUCAUGAGUCUGGUGGGAACAGUAGCCGACAUGAACACCCCUCAUGAUUCGUACGACGUGGACGAAGGAAGAGAUACGAACACUGCUACGACUAAUCCCGACACCGAACAAGCCACGACUCAGUUCGGACAGGCAGUCGAGGCCGAGUGAAUAUUAGUGAUUGACGGGUGAAAACAAAUCAGAGCGUAUACCAUUUAAAUACCUUUUCUCAUGGGUGGCUUUGACCUGAAAAAUAAAAGUUUUUCAAUGCAAUUGUUUAUUUGAAAAAUGUUGAGAAAUUUUGUACGCUCUAAUUUGACAUCCCUAUUCGAAGCUGACAAAAAUACUAAUACUCGACUGUUUUGAUUGGCCUGCUUCUUAAACUGGAGCUCAAUUUAAAAAAUGAUUGAUUUUAUUCAAAGUGCAGAAAGUGAAAAUCAAACAAUAAUAAAUAAUAAUAAAAAUAUUUGGAACUUC